CCAGCCCAGCCCGAGCCGAUUUUCUGCAAUGGUGAAAUGAAGUAACUCAAGAUGAGCAAGUUAAAAGUGAUAUCAGAGAAGAGCCUUGCCAAUAAUUCUAGGAUUGUGGGACUUCUGGCCCAGCUGGAGAAAAUCAAUCUAUCAGCUGAAUCUGCAGAAACAGAAACUGCCAGAUAUGUUACAUCAAAAAUUCUUCAUCUGGCUCAAAGUCAAGAAAAAACAAGGAGAGAAAUUACAGCUAAAGGAUCUACAGGGACGGAAGUUCUUCUUUCAACAUUAGAGAACACGAAAGAUCUUCAAACUACACUUAAUAUCUUAAGUAUUCUUGUUGAACUGGUGUCAGCUGGUGGAGGGCGAAGAGCAAGUUUUUUAGUUGCCAAGGGUGGUUCCCAGAUACUGCUGCAGUUACUUACCAGCACCAGCAAAGACUCACCCCUGAAUGAGGAGUUAAUGAUACAGAUUCAUUCUAUUCUUGCAAAGAUUGGACCCAAAGACAAGAAAUUUGGAGUGAAAGCUAGAAUUAAUGGGACUCUGACUAUAACCCUGAACUUGGUCAAACAGAAUUUGCAGAAUCAUCGCUUAGUUUUGCCUUGUCUUCAGCUUUUACGAGUUUAUUCAGCAAAUUCUGUGAAUUCCGUCUCCUUAGGAAAAAAUGGAGUGGUAGAACUGAUGUUUAAAAUCAUCGGGCCAUUUAAUAAGAAGAAUUCUGGUCUUAUGAAGGUUGCUUUAGACACUCUUGCUGCAUUGCUAAAAUCAAAAACAAAUGCCAGGAGAGCUGUAGACAAAGGAUAUGUCCAAGUUCUUUUAACUAUUUAUGUAGAUUGGCACCGCCAUGAUAGUCGGCAUAGAAACAUGCUCAUUCGAAAGGGGAUUUUGCAGAGUUUAAAAAGUGUCACAAACAUCAAGCUGGGAAGAAAAGCAUUCAUUGAUGCCAAUGGGAUGAAAAUUCUGUAUAAUACUUCACAAGAAUGCUUGGCAGUCAGGACCCUCGACCCUCUUGUGAACACCUCCAGUCUGAUAAUGAGAAAGUGUUUCCCAAAGAACCGCCUGCCACUCCCGACUAUUAAGAGCUCUUUCCACUUCCAGCUGCCAGUCAUCCCUGUCACUGGCCCCGUGGCUCAGCUCUACAGCUUACCCCCUGAAGUUGAUGACGUAGUAGAUGAAAGUGAUGACAAUGAUGAUAUUGAUUUGGAAACUGAAAAUGAAACUGAAAAUGAAGAUGACCUAGAUAAAAAUUUUAAGAACGAUGACAUUGAAACAGAUAUUAAUAAACUGAAACCUCAGCAAGAACCAGGACGAACAAUAGAAGAACUUAAAAUGUAUGAACACCUUUUCCCUGAGCUUGUUGAUGAUUUUCAGGACUAUGACUUAGUCUCCAAGGAACCGAAGCCUUUUGUGUUUGCGGGGAAGGUGCGGAGCCCCAUUGUCGUCCCGACCGCAGGCCCCGAGCCUGGGAACUCAGGCAGUGUGAGGAAAGGAGCUGGGAACCAGGCGAUGGAGCCUUCCAAGGGAGAUGACAGCGACAAGAGCACUAACCUGACGGAUCUGGCGAAAGAAGAUCUGAAAGAUAGUGACAGAACUUUCCAGGAGCUGCUGGUCAGACAGGGUAGAACUAGUGCCUCAGCUCACGGGUUCAGCAGUGACAUCGUGAAGGCCCUGGACCGCAUCACACUGCAGAGUCUUCCAGCCCAGAUGGCCCCUGGCUGUCCCGCGGGUGUGAAGAAGGACCACGGUCUCCCACUGACCAUCCUGCCCUGCCCCCUGGCCAGCCCACCUCGGGCCCCCUGUGGCAGCGUGUGUGAGGGCCGGGCAGCGCCCCUGGGGAAGCUGUGUUGCGCGGGAGUGGAAACUGAGGAUGAUGAAGACAGCGGGUCUGCCUCGUCAGUGGAGCAGUCAUCUGCGGACCUAUUGGACGCACCGACCCUCCAUGACCCCGACCUCUACAUUGAGAUUGUGAAGAAUACCAAAUCCGUUCCAGAAUAUUCCGAAGUGGCUUACCCAGAUUAUUUUGGCCACGUUCCACCCCCAUUCAAAGAACCUAUUUUAGAAAGACCUUAUGGCGUCCAAAGGACAAAAAUUGCCCAGGAUAUUGAAAGGCUGAUACAUCAGAGUGAUAUCAUAGAUCGAGUGGUGUAUGAUAUAGAUGAUCCAAAUUACACCGUUCCUGAAGAGGGAGACAUUUUGAAGUUUAACUCCAAAUUUGAAUCUGGGAAUCUGCGCAAAGUAAUUCAAAUUAGAAAGAAUGAGUAUGAUCUUAUUCUGAACUCAGAUAUUAACAGCAACCAUUACCAUCAGUGGUUCUAUUUUGAAGUCAGUGGAAUGCGCCCAGGUGUAGCUUACAGGUUUAACAUAAUUAACUGUGAAAAGUCCAACAGUCAAUUUAAUUAUGGUAUGCAACCACUCAUGUAUUCGGUUCAGGAAGCAUUAAAUGCCAGACCAUGGUGGAUUCGUAUGGGGACUGACAUUUGUUACUAUAAAAACCACUUCUCAAGGAGUUCAGUUGCUGCAGGUGGGCAGAAGGGAAAAUCCUACUAUACAAUUACAUUCACUGUCAAUUUUCCACAUAAAGAUGAUGUUUGCUACUUUGCUUAUCACUAUCCAUAUACCUAUUCAACUUUACAGAUGCACCUUCAGAAAUUGGAAUCAGGACACAAUCCUCAGCAGAUCUAUUUUCGAAAUGACGUGUUGUGUGAGACCUUGUGUGGGAACAGCUGCCCACUGGUGACCAUCACCGCGGUGCCGGAGUCCAAGUACCAGGAGCACAUCUACCAGUUCCGGAAUCGUCCUUAUGUUUUCUUAUCUGCUCGAGUCCACCCUGGAGAGACGAAUGCAAGUUGGGUGAUGAAAGGGACACUAGAGUACCUCAUGAGCAAUAACCCCACUGCUCAGACCUUACGAGAAUCCUAUAUUUUUAAAAUUGUCCCCAUGCUAAAUCCAGAUGGUGUCAUCAAUGGAAAUCACCGCUGCUCCCUGAGUGGAGAGGACCUGAACAGGCAGUGGCAGAGCCCGAACCCAGACCUCCACCCGACCAUCUACCACGCCAAGGGUCUGCUGCAGUACCUAGCUGCGGUGAACCGUCUGCCGCUGGUUUACUGUGACUACCAUGGCCACUCCCGGAAGAAGAACGUGUUCAUGUACGGCUGCAGCAUCAAGGAGACGGUCUGCCACACCGGGGAGCAUGCUGCCUCCUGUGACGUGCUGGAGGACGCCGGCUACCGGACUUUGCCUAAGAUAUUAAGCAGUAUUGCUCCAGCAUUUUGCAUGAGCAGCUGUAGCUUUGUGGUGGAAAAAUCUAAAGAAUCCACAGCACGCGUUGUCGUCUGGAGGGAGAUCGGCGUGCAGAGGAGCUACACGAUGGAGAGUACUCUGUGUGGCUGUGAUCAGGGGCGGUAUAAGGGUUUACAGAUUGGUACUCGGGAGUUGGAAGAGAUGGGAGCAAAAUUCUGUGUUGGACUCUUGCGUUUGAAGAGACUAACGUCCUCCUUGGAAUAUAAUCUGCCUUCCAGAUUGCUUGACUUUGAAACUGAUUUAAUUGAAUCGAACUGUAAAGUAACUAGCCCAACAACUUACGUUUUGGAUGAAGAUGAACCACGAUUCCUUGAAGAAGUUGACUACAGUGCAGAAAGUAAUGACGAGUUAGAUAUUGAAUUAGCUGAAAAUGCAGGAGAUUAUGAACCUUCUGCUCAAGAAGAAGUGCUUUCUGACUCUGAAUUGUCAAGAACAUUCUUACCUUGAGCACUCUGUCAUCUCUUAUUAACUGCCAAGAAGAACUGUAAUAUCUUGGGUUUUAUUACACAAGGAGUUCAAGUUUAUAAAGAGCUGACUCAGAAGACAAUAAGCAACAUGGACCUAUUUGGUUUAAGACAAUAAAUAAGUUAUUACUUCAUGAUAACAUGGGCACUUGUUUUAUUUUGCUAUUCAGUGCACUUUAUUUUGCAUUGAAAUAUCAACUUUUGGAUUUACUUCUUAGUGUCAUUGCAUGAUUUUAUCUCCUAGGGUAUUCCCUGCAUCAGAUGUAUAAUUUGAAGUGUGUGAGAAUAUAAACUUAAAUUCUAGACUUGUUGAAAAUACUGUUAUUGAAAAUUAAUCUAUAUGUACAUGGAUUUCUCUAGAUGUGUCUGUGUAGGGUGAAUAGAUACUAAAGCUAAGACUGUUCUUCAGAAUCAUGUAAACUAUUUAGUUGUGACUGAAAUAAUACAGAGUUUGCUUUGAAGCCAUUACAUUCUAGAACAAUCAAAUGAAAUAAAAAUUAUAUUCAGUGUUGUGUUCAAUUCGUCCUA